AUGGCGCGACCGAGAGCCGAUGAGGUUUCUCUCACAAUUUUUUUUUCUUUCUUCGGCUUCUCCAAAGUGGGGAGAGCAAGUGUUUGGAGCUCAGGGGAAGAGUUUCUGGAUGCUGCCGCUGUUUCUCCACGGAAAAUCGAGCCCAGAGUUAGCAAAGAGCUCGUGAACGGUGCCCGCCACCAAAGGAUACAGCUGCUCCAGAGGGAAAUAGCCUUUGAGCUCUUGUCAAUGACGAACAAUGAGGAAGAAAGGGCAAAGAGUAGUAUGGUUGCUUUAUCCUUUCUUCCCUCUGGCGCCACUAUCCUCCCUCCAUCGCCACUCCCGCGCAGGAAUUUCCUCGCCCUAGGGUGCCCGCUGCUGGUAGCGAUCGGCAGCGCUGGCAAUGCCGCCCAAGCGGUGAUCAAAUCCAAGGCCGCGGCCCAGGAAGAGAAGCUGCUGGAAUCAAACCAGCGGAUCCAGCAGAUGAAUGGCGUGCCUCCGGAUUUCCCGAGCUUCGUCCGUCAGGGAUUCAAGGUCAAGGUUGUGGCGAGCCCCAAGUAUGUGACCACGAGUACCGGAUUGAUCUACCUCGAUCUGGAGCAGGGGAGCGGCGAUUGCCCCAGCGAUGGCCAGCAAGUGAUCUUCAACUACAUUGGCUACAACGAGGCCGGGAGGAGGAUCGACAGUAGCUACCAGAAGGGGCAGCCAUCCAAGACGCGAUUGGGCGAUGGUGGAUUGGUUCCUGGGUUUGAGGAAGGGAUCAAGAGCAUGAGGCCUGGCGGGAAGCGAAGAAUUGUCGUCCCUCCCGAGCUGGGUCCUCCAGUCGGCCCCUCGACGUUCUUUAGCUCCAAGCAGUUCGAGAUCUUCGACGUGGAGCUCGUCCAGGUGAAGGAUUGCGUGAGAAAGACAGUGGGAUUCUUCUCGGCUCUUAGCUGUGACUGAAAACAAACGAAUUUUUUGUUCAUGGA